GGAAACAAUGCCACAGUGAAUGAGUGCUGUAAUCAAAGCUAAAGGCGGUCCAACGAUGUGACACUUUUUGCCGGGACCUCCUUGGUUCCCUAUUUUUGUCUAAAUGACAACCUUUGUUAAAAAAUUAACAUUUUCUGGUGGGACUUCAUCGUGGCGUCCCUUGUUUUCGGUCUCCUGCGAGCCAUGCUUCAUCUUUAAAAGGAGGCCGUAACAUGUGGGGACUCUUUUUUUGGCCAGGCCGUGUAUAACAAUAGUCUUGUCAUUUUUAGACAUUUUCAUGCAGAAAUAUUAAAUAUGAUGUCUUUCAUACUUUCAUAAAUUCUAAAGUCUAAAAUAACACGUCCCACAGAGACUCUGUGACAUUUUACAUAGAGGGUGAAACUGAGAAUAAAAUUAUGUCCUGAGCACAUGUCAUUUUUAUUUACUGAACAAACACUGUAUUGUUCUGUGCCGCCUGUUGUGUCUCGAGAGUGUGGAGUUUACCCGUGCACACCCAACAUAUCUUACGUUUGUGUAUGGUUUAGGUUUGGAGAACAUCUAACCUUAUGCAAUCAGAGUCAAGAAACCAUCCCACUUCUGCUUUUCAUGUCACACAGUUACUCCCUGGUUAAGUCUUUAGUCAGUCAGUUUGCUGUAGCUGGUGAGUACAGAUACAUUCUUGAUAUUUUACUGCCAGUGACUUUAUAGUAAUCAACUUGUUAUAGGCUCAGGUCAAUGAUGGGAUAUUUCAUUCUGGUGAUUCUUGUUCUUGCGCCAGGUGUUUGGAGUGGAGAUUGGAGCGUGACCUUAGAGAGUCAGUGUGCUUUGAAGGGCACAUCAGUGGUUAUAAAGUGUGACUAUGAAUACCCUUAUGGUCAUACUGUCACUGAGGUGCACUGGUUAAAACAGUCUGUAGCCAGUCAGCUGAAGCCAGUUCUCCUCUCUGAUCUGCCUUCACCUCCAGACUUUAAAUAUGUGGGCAACAAACAUGGCGACUGUGACCUGAAGAUCAAUAAUGUCCGACCCAUGGAUGAAGGACUGUACUAUUUCAGUUUUGUGACAACGCGCGACAGAUGGAGUAGUAAAUACUCCGCUCAUUUGACUGUGCGAGAGUUGACCGCCUUUGUGAGGCCGACCACUGUGUCAGAAGGAUAUAAUGUCCGACUGAUCUGCGAGUCAGGCUGCCCUUCACGUGUAGCCAUUGUCUGGUUCAGAGAUGGACAAAGAGUGUCAGAACCAGAGUUCUGGGCCAGAAGAGAGGAUGCUGGGACGUACCAGUGUGCCGUCUUUGGACAAGAGACAGCCAGAUCUGCCUCUGUUGCUCUGAACGUUCACUAUGCUCCCAAGAAUGUGACACUGUCCAUAAGUUCACCAGCAGACAUCGUCAGAGGAAGUUCAGUGACCUUCUCCUGCAGCUGUGAAGCAAACCCACCUGUGACACACGAAGGAUACAGCCUGUACAAGGGUGAACAGUGGGUCAGUUUAGGACAGACACACACCAUCUUUGAUAUCCAGCCCAGUCACAGUGGACUGUACCAUUGUCAAGCAACGAACAGCAUCAGCUGGAUGGGCAUUUACGUGGUCAAAUCGACUGAGAUUCACCUUGAUGUCCAGUAUGCUCCCAAGAAUGUGACACUGUCCAUAAGUUCACCAGCAGACAUCAUCAGGGGAAGUUCAGUGACCUUCACCUGCAGCUGUGAAGCAAACCCACCUGUGACACACGAAGGAUACAGUCUGUACAAGGACGAACAGUGGGUCAGUUUAGGACAGACCCACACCAUCUUUGAUAUGCAGCCCAGUCACAGUGGACUGUACCACUGUCAGGCAAGGAACAGCAUCAGCUGGAUGGCCAUUGACAUGGGCAAAUCCACUGAGAUCCACCUUGAUGUCCAGUAUGAGCCCAUGAAUGUUUCAGGUUCAGUGGAGCCACAACAAGUCGCUGAGGGCGGCAGUGUGAAUCUGACCUGCAGCAGUGUGGCUAAUCCUGCAGCAGACAGCUACACCUGGUACUGGAGGAGGACACAUUCAGCCAACUCCAACUCUAUUCUCCAGGUGGGCUCAGGACAGAUGCUGUCUCUUCACUCUGUGGAGGCUUCUCACUCUGGACUGUACUUCUGCCAGGCCAGGAACAGUGUGGGGGAGAACAACUCAACUGAGGUGCUUCUCACCGUGGAGACAAUGAAUCAAGGCAGCCAGUCCCACCUCAUCAUAGCUGGACUUGCAGGACUCAUUGUUUUAGUGGCUCUUGUGACAGCUCUUCUUCUGUUCUGGAAGAAACUAAGAGCGCAAAACGCUGUGUCUGGCUCCAGAGUAAAUGGCUUGAUCUCUUCAGUCAGAGAAGAUCAGCUCGACAACAUUUAUGCCAACAUCACAGUUCCGUCCUCUCCCCCUCUUACCUCAACUUCUGACGAAGCUGAUGUGAUCUACUCGACUGUGACCAUCAAACACAAAGCAACUAAUGUUCCACCUCACAUAAAUUCCAAAGCAGCAGAGGAGGAGGAUUCUGUGAUCUAUGCUACUGUGGCUAAAUCCAGAGGAUCCUGAUCUUAACACAAGUGCAAUGGUGGACAGAAAACAACCCCUUUUGUUCAAGUGUUUAAAUGCUUUAUUAUUAUUAUUAUUAUUAUUAUUAUUAUUAUUAUUAUUAUUAUU